CUCUGCUGGGUGACUUGACUGCUGAAAGGACAGCGGCUGUUGGGCUGCAGGGUGGCGCAGUUUGAUUCACAGCGAUUUCCUAAUUCAGCAACAUCGCUAAAGAAGGAAGUGAAGCCAUGGCGCUGGGGCUCAAAGAAAGAUUCGAAAAGUUUCUCCAUGAGAAGAAUCUAAUGACCGAUGUUCUAGCAAAAGUCGAGGCAAAAACUGGAGUAAGCAGAACAUACAUCGCUCUCGCUGUCAUCGGUGCCAUUGCAGUUUACUUGGUGAUCGGUUAUGGAGCCUCCCUGCUGUGUAACCUCAUCGGCUUCCUGUAUCCAGCAUACAUAUCGAUUAAGGCUAUUGAGAGUGCCACCAAAGAGGAUGAUACUAAAUGGCUGACCUACUGGGUGGUAUAUGGAGUCUUCAGUGUGGCAGAGUUUUUUGCAGAUAUCUUCCUGUCCUGGUUCCCAUUCUACUAUAUUGGAAAGUGUGCGUUCUUGGUGUGGUGCAUGGCUCCAACUCCUUCUAAUGGAUCAAUCCAGAUUUACACUCGCCUCAUUCGACCAUUUUUCCUCAAGAAUGAAGCCAGAAUUGACGAUGUGAUGAAGAACAUCAAGGACAAGGCAUCAGAUGCUGCUGACAAGUUCAAAGAUGAGGCCAAGAGAGCUACAGCAAACAUCAUGUUUGAGGAGAAGAAGAGCUCUUAAGGAUGAAGCCUGUCAACAUUGUCAGCUCUAGAUCUGAAACUGCUACAGAAAAAAUGUUGCCUUGAAAAUGUUCUUUUUUUUGUCCUGUCCAGUACUUUUACCCUCAUCCCAGCUGUACAAGAUGUUACACAGGCAUCACAUACAUCAAUUAAAACCAUUUCACAUUUCAAUCUACUUAUUUAACUUUGCCUUCUGGGGGGCUUUCAAAUAAUUGUAUGUUUAGCUUGAUGUGCUUUGUGAAACAAAUAAAAACAAAUUUAUGGAA